CAACAACAACAACAAGGGAUCUUGUAAUCUAAGAGCAAAAAUGAUUUUCGUUAAACAUUCGUCAUUUAGAUCGUUGAGAUGGUGCCAGCUAAGGUUCUAUCACACACUGCGUAGACGUUAUGGAGACGUCACUAGCAAUCAUGCUGACCAGUAUUCAGAUGCAACGCCUGCGGAGAAGCGUGAAGAAUCUCAAUCAAAAAUGAGCAUGCCUCGUUUCCAAGCUGUUGAAAGAAAUCCUGGAAGUGCCUUCAAACAAUACCUUAUGCAGCCUGACACCCCCCCAGAUGGGAAACUUCUCAGAGUAGCUAUUCUCGGUGCACCUAAUGCUGGCAAAUCAACUUUCAUCAAUAAAAUCAUGGGAUGGAAGCUGAAUUCUGUGUCAAAAAAGGUGCACACCACGAAGAAGAACACCAACUCAGUGUUCACGGUUGAUAAUACUCAAAUUAUAUUUGUUGAUACACCAGGGGUCAUAACUGAUGCAGCGAAACGAAGACAUCAAGUGGAUACUUCAGUCCAAAAAGAACCCGAGAGUAGUUUAGAAGAAGCAGAUUUGGUGGGUGUUGUGGUUGAUGGCUCGAACAAGUUUACCAGGAACACUCUUCAUCCGGAGAUCAUCAAAACACUUCUGCUCUACAGGAAUGUGCCAUCCUUCCUUAUCAUCAACAAGGUGGAUGAGGUUAGUCAAAAGUAUGUACUUCUCGAGGCUGCUCGUCUUCUGACUGGCGGCCUGAUUGGAGGCAAAAAGUUUUCAACCAGCUCAUACACCAAGAAAAAAGAGAUUUCUUUAGAGUCCUUUAAAAAGCAUCCACCAAAAAUGUUCUCUUUCCUGGAGUCUAAAUAUGGAAAACUGGAUGCAAAACAUGCACAGUCAGGUAAAACACUGGAUGCAGUGAGUAAAGGUGUAAAUCAAGAGAAAGAAGAGGUGGAUAAGUUAUUUAAUAUCAGAAAUGUGAUGGAGAAUGAAGAAAAGUUAAGAAAAGAUGGGCAGAGGAUGACGGAAAUUUUAUCAGAAGUUUCGAAGAAAUCAUUGACUCGUUUGACCAACCAGCGGCCAGCCACUUUGAAAGACUUACAGAACCAAAGACCAGCCACUGUGAAAGACUUACAGAACCAAAAGCCAGCCACUUUGAAAGACUUACAGAACCAAAGGCCAGCCUGUUUAAAAGACUUACAGAACCAAAGGCCAGCCACUUUGAGAGACUUACCUAACCAACAACCAGCCACUUUGAGAGACUUACCUAACCAACAUCCAGCCACUUUGAAAGACUUACAGAACCAAAGGCCAGCCACUUUGAAAGACUUACAGAACCAAAUGCCAGCCACUUUGAAAGACUUACAGAACCAAAGGCCAGCCACUUUGCAAGACUUACAGAACCAAAGGCCAGCCACUUUGAAAGACUUAGCUAACCAACAACCAGCCACUUUGAGAGACUUACCUAACCAACAUCAAGCCACUUUGAAAGACUUACAGAACCAAAGGCCAGCCACUUUGAAAGACUUACAGAACCAAAUGCCAGCCACUUUGAAAGACUUACCUAACCAACAACCAGCCACUUUGAAAGACUUAUCUAACCAACAGCCAGCCACUCUAAAAAACUUACCUAACCAACAGCAAGCAACUUUGAUAGACUUACGUGACCAAGGGCCAGCCACUCUAAAAGACUUGCAUAACCAACAGCCAGACACUUUGAAAGGCUUGUGUAGAGGUGAUAAUUUAUCUCAAAACAAUGUAGAUUCAAUGAAAACUCUCACUUAUGACUAUGAGACUUUUUCAACAGCAGUUGAAAUUAAUGAAGAAACCCGUGAUAAUUUGUUUCAAAAUGAUGCAAUGUCAAUUGAAACUCUAACUGCUGACUAUGAAACUUUUGCAAAACCAGUUGAAACUAAUGAAGAAACUUGGAAAACAUGUGAUAAUAUUGAAAAUAAUCUACUUUCCAGAUUGAACAAAUUAAAGAUGUUACAAAGUAAUGAGGAACUUAUGUUUGAAUACACUACUGAAGAUGGUGGUUAUGAAAUUAAACAUGCUGGCAUAGACAGUAAAUCAAAUGUAGAAGUGAUUAGCACUGAUAAAGAAUUCGAUCAAUGGAAUACAAACAUUAUUGAAAAACUGGAGCAGGAAAAUGUAGACACAACACCUGAAGGAUUGGUUAAGGAAUCAGCAGAAAAUGGUUUAGUAGUUCAGGAUAAAUCAUACCAGUCAGAUUUUCUUACACAAUUAUUUUCCAUUAGAUACAAAGAAUAUUCAAUUCCACGAAGGUCAGACAAAGAUAGGGAGGAGGAAGAAUGGAGGAAAAAAGUGGCGGAAGCGACCAAGGCUGCCAAAGACAUGACGAAAUGGCCCCAUUUUGAGCGAGUGUUCAUUACGUCCUCCGUAUCUGGAAUAGGCAUUGAUGAUGUGAAGGAGUACCUGCUUGAGCAAGCCAAGCCAGCUGAUUGGCAGUUCCACAGCAGUGUGGUUACUGAGCAACACCCUUAUGAGAUUGCACUCUUGGUGACGAGGCAGGCUCUACUAGAUCACAUAGCCGGGUGGGUCCCGUAUAAACUGCAACCGGUGAUUUCAUACUGGGAUGUGCACGAUGACAACAGUCUUCACGUCUCUAUCGACCUGAAUGUGAGCUGUAAAGAACACAUGAGGCAAAUCAUUGGCAAUAACUCCGAGACUAUAAGGGCCAUUUCUUACGAUACAAAGCAAGCACUCAUGGACGCAUUUCAUUGCGAAGUUAAAUUAAGGCUAUGCAUAAAUGUGAAGAAACGGAGAGGAAGUCGACAAUAGAACCAUUUCUGUUACAAAGGAAAACUGUUAUUGUUUUUAGAUCAUCUAUUUUUUGAAAAAAAAAUUAUGAGCUAUUGUCAACACCUUGGCGUCCGCGUUGGCGUCCGGUUAAGUUUUGCGUUUAGGUCCACUUUUCUCAGAAAGUAUCAAUGCUAUUGCAUUCAAACUUUUUACACUUACUUACUAUCAUGAGGGGACUGGGCAGGCAAAGUUAGAUUACUCUGGCGUGCAUUUUGACAGAAUUAUGUGCCCUUUUUAUACUUAGAAAAUUGAAAAUUUUGGUUAAGUUUUGUGUUUAGGUCCACUUUAUUCCUUAAGUAUCAAAGCUAUUGCUUUCAUACUUGCAACACUUAUUAACAAUCAUAAGGGGACUGUGCCGGCAAAGUUAUGUAACUCUGACUGGCAUUUGGACGGAAUUAUGGGCCCUUUAUACUUAGAAAAUUGAAAAUUUUGUUAAGUUUUGUGUUUUGGUCCACUUUACCCCCUAGAGUAUCAUAGAUAUUGCUUUCAUACUUGGAACACUGACAAACUAUCAUAAGGGUACAGUGAAAAGACAAGUUGCAUAACUCUGGUUGUCAUUUUUACGGAAUUAUGGCCCUUUUUUGACUUAGUAACUUUGAAUAUAUGGUUAAAUUUUGUGUUUCUAUCCACUUUAAUUCUAAAGUAUCAAGGCUAUUGCUUUCAAACUUCAAAUACUUUCAUGCUAUCAUGAGGUUACUGUACCUGGCUAGUUGAAUUUUACCUUGACCUUUGAAUGACCUUGACUCUCAAGGUCAAAUUAUUAAAUUUUGCUAAAAUUGCCAUUUAUGAUUAGAUUUGAUUGAUACUUUGACAAAACUACUCUUACCUGACAUACCACAAUAGACUCCACCCAAACCAUCCCCCGUGCCCUCACCCCCCCCCCACAACGA